UGCAAGAUGGCGGACCAGGAAGAUGGCCUUUACUCCUCAGAAUUUGACGAGGAAUUUAAAGACGACAUUUCAGUUUCACUUUUGCCCAGGGAAGGUGACGAAUCUGAGAGAAAAGGGAUACCCUGGUGCUCCAAACUUAAUCCAAAAAGGGCAGCGAUCAUUGGUGUCGUUUCAUUUGUACUGGUUCUUGUUAUUGUGCUUCUAGCUGUCUACAUUCGGCCGGGUUCAACCAACAAAGCGCUCAAUCAUCACGCCGACACUCUUUCAUUGAGGCUGCCAAGACAUCUAUCGCCGAUAGACUAUCGUGUGUAUUUACAUCCUAAUCUGACAACUUUUAAAUUCUCAGGAAAAGUUGAUGUUUUGCUUUACUGCAAUGAAGUCGCGAACAAUAUCACACUUCACGCUGGAAAGAAACUUCAUUAUUCCAAUGUUCAAGUAUCAUUUGUUCCAGACAGGAUUGAGAAGAAAAAUUCAAAACCUAUGGGAAUUACGAAAAUCUCUCGACUUUCAGGGGAAAUGAUCUGCAUUAUGCUGAACAGCAAACUUGAACGAGGCAAGAAUUACUCUUUGUCCAUCGAAUUCCACUCCGAGUUGAAUAGAGGUCUGUCUGGGUUUUACUUAAGCACAUAUAAUUCUUCAUCGGGCGAAGUAAGAUAUCUUGCCACCACUCAGUUCGAAGCAACCGACGCGAGGAAUGCCUUUCCUUGUUUUGACGAACCUAACAUGAAAGCAAAGUUCACCAUUGUCAUCACGCGAGAAAAACGCCAUGUGGCGUUGGCAAAUAUGCCGCUGGAUCAUAUUGAAGGGUGCAAUGACAAGGUAGAGCUUUGCACGGAUCACUUUCGAAAAAGUGUGAAGAUGAGCACGUAUCUGGUAGCAUUUAUCGUUUGCGAUUUUAAGAAUAUAACGAAGGAAACUUCAAAAGGAGUGAAGGUCAGUGUGUGGGCUCCACCAGAGCAGAUUGAUCGAGGUCAAUUUGCUUUAAAUGUUGCUGUAGAGGUUCUGGAGUAUUAUGAAACGAUAUUCAAGGUGGACUAUCCACUUCCAAAGCAAGAUCUUGUAGCUAUUCCUGACUUUGCCGCUGGUGCCAUGGAGAACUGGGGUUUGAUCACAUAUCGUUUAACAUCUCUGUUAUACGAGCAGAACAAAUCUUCAGAUUCAAACAAGGAAAGAGUGGCUGUAGUUGUUGCACACGAACUUGCUCAUCAGUGGUUUGGUAAUUUGGUAACUAUGGAAUGGUGGAAUGACCUCUGGCUUAACGAAGGAUUUGCCAGUUUCAUGCAAUUUAUGGGAGUAAACCACACCCAACCAGACUGGAAAAUGAUGGAACUAUCCAUUUAUGAGAACUUCCAGGGAGCAAUGAGUGAGGAUCAGCUCAGUAACUCUCACCCAAUAAUGGCUGAAGUGAAAGACCCAGCGCAAAUUAAUGCUCUCUUUGAUUCCAUUUCUUACGAUAAGGGCGCAGCUAUAAUCAGAAUGUUAGAAGAUGUCCUGCGAAGCGAAGUUUUCUUCCAAGGAUUACAAAAAUAUCUGAAGAAAUACAGCUUUAGCAACGCACAGACAAAUGAUCUUUGGCGGAGUCUUACUCAGGAUGGGCUCAACGUCACAGAAAUGAUGACAUCAUGGACAAGUCAAAUGGGUUUCCCUGUUGUUACCGUCAGGAGAAAUAAAACUGUACUGUACACAGAACAGCAACACUUUCUUAUACAUAGUAGCGAUAAAAAGCCAACAACUUCACCUGACAGUCGACCAAUGUGGGUAGUUCCCUUAACUUACAUUACGCAGCAAUCUAAAAAGAGGAAAUUGGUUUGGAUGAGGGAGAGAACGAAGGAAGUUAAUCUUAGCACGAAAUUCAAUGAUAAGGACUGGAUAAAAAUGAAUGCUGGACAAACUGGAUUCUAUCGUGUGAAUUAUGGAAAAGAAAACUGGGACAAACUAGUUCGUCAGUUUCAUACUGACCACAAGGUAUUGAGUGCCGUGGACCGCUCAGGUCUGUUAGACGAUGCUUUGAAUCUUGCUCGGAGUGGCCUGUUGGAUUAUGAAGUGGCCCUAAGUCUCACUUCGUAUCUAACAAAAGAAAGAGAAUAUGUCCCGUGGAUGUCGGCGCUUGAUAACAUGGGUUACUUUGCAACACAAUUUUCCACUUACGACUCUCUGAUGAAUGGAUCAACAGAUUACUAUCCCACGUAUAAGAAAUAUGUCUCGUACCUGCUUCGUAGUAUCGCUGCUGAAUUAAGCUGGAAAGAAAGAAAAGAAGAUCCACAUUUGACAAGAUAUCUUCGACCUGUUCUGUUGAAAGUGGCCGCCAUUUAUGAAGAUCCGGAGGGUGAACAGAAUUACACAGCCGAAGCUAUGAAGUUUUUCAAUGACUGGCUAGAUAAAAGCGUACCGAUUUCGCCGAAUGUGCGUGACGCCAUCUACGCGAUUGGAUUAAGAGAGGCAAAUGACUCUACGUGGACAAAAGUUUUCAAUAAAUACCAAGCUGAAACAGUUCCAUCGGAAAAGAGAAAGUUAAUGUACGCGCUCACAAGCAGUCGACAUGAAGACAUUUUGAAAAGAUUGUUGACGUAUUCAUUGGAUGAAACUAAGAUUCGUUCUCAGGACUCCGUGUCUGUCAUAGAUUCAAUAGCCCGCAAUCCUCAGGGGAGUUUAUUGGCGUGGCAGUUUGUACAAGAUAAUUACUAUGAAUUGUAUCAAAGAUAUGGGGUCGGCUCUUUUGAUUUUAGUCGUUUGAUCAAGUCUAACACUGCUCACUUUAACACAAGGGAAAUGAAAACCCAGGUGAGCCAGUUUUUCGCAAAGGUUGACCAAGGAUCUGGGGAGAGGGCUGUUCGUCAAAGUCUGGAAAGUAUAGAAGGAAAUAUAAAGUGGAUGAAAGAGCACGGACCAGCGGUCUAUGAAUGGUUGAAAAACUUCCUCCAAACCGACGUCAAGUAGUAUUAUUUUAGAGACUGUGUUGCAAGGACGUAGCCACGGGGGGGUCCUGGGGUGCCCAUGACCCCCCCUUGGUAGGCCUUCUUUAGAGCAAACAACCUACAAUAUACAGGUGGC